AAUCCCACCCCACCCGGCACCCGUUGACCGCUGUUCGCCUAGCAAUGAGCGCCAUCCACUCACCCGCCGCGCCGCCGGCGAGGCCGCCUUUCCGGCGCAGCACGACGGGAGUAGCGUCUCCCCUCCGGGAACCCUCACAGCCGCAACCGACGCCACCGGCGCCUCCGAGCCUCACCUCCCGCCGCGCCGGUCUCGUCGCACUCCUCGUGGCAGCGGUGGCGCCGGAACGCCCUGCCGCCGCCGCCGCCUUCUCGCUCGGCAUUCCUGGGCCCAAGGAGCUGCUGCGGGAGCAGAAGAAGAAGUCGGCGUCCUUCCUCCUCGCGCCCAUCGCCGCCUCCCGGGACACCCUCGUCAAAGCCCACGCGCUUCUGGCUUCGCCGAGUGCGUCUACUGAGGACGCCGAGGAGGUGAAGGGGCGGAUCCUUGCGGCAGGAAGGGACUGCGUGCCGCGGCAGAGGAACUCGAUUGUCGCGCUCCAGUCGCGGACUGGCGUUGAGGUGUGCACAUUCAGCUUGAUACUGAAGAACGCCGCGUCGCUGCUCGCCAAUAAGGAUUCCCUCAAGGUUGAAGCUGAUACUAGGCUCGAGGAGCUCAUAAAGUCAUUCUCUGAACUGGGAACUCUGGUGGAGAACAGUAAUUUUGAGCUCGCAGAUGAUAGGCGAGUAAUGCCAGCACACAUAUUUUUAUUUAUUUAAAUCCUGGAUAUGAGAAACAUGUGUGACCUAUUAAUAUUCUGGCCUCUUACUAGUAGCAACUUGAUGUUUCCUGUGACAGCAUUUUAUGUCUAUCUUUUUAUUUAUGUAAUGUUGUCAUCUUUUUUUUAUCUCCAGUUAGGAUAUUUAAAAUUUUGUAUACGGACAGCCAAUUCUUUCUCUUGUUGAUUUUGUAAAUAAAGGAGUUGUAUAUCUUAUAUCAUCAUCUCACCAUAGGAGUUUAAAUAAACUGCUGUAAUAUUGUCGGACCUCAUAGUCUGGAUUGUCUUCUAACGUGAAAUGAAUGGAUCUGUACAAAUUUUAUUGAAUGCUCUGUAUAAGUUCAAAUAAAUAAGCCUUGUCUUUCUAUGAUAUUGUUUCAAAAUAUACGAAUUUAGUAAAUGCUGGCAUUGAUCAAUUUUGUCCUGCAGAGAGAAGAUAAAAGAUGGCUUACUGAGCAGUGUCUCUGCCCUGGACAAAUUUGAGCAGAGUGUUAAAGACUGUUUAGGUGUUUAGACUUUUUUGUGCCAGAUCGGAUCACAUUUUUUCAAAGCAUUUUAAAUUGACUUACUUAUUGUUUUUAUUUUUCUUCUAUCGUUGAGGUAAGGUUUCAUUUGCCUUUGCUCAUUAGGGACUUCUGUUGUACAAAUGAUCUGUUC